CAUUUUAUUACUAUCACAAAACAAUGGCUUCAACUUCAUCAACAUGUAUAUUAUUAUUCCUCUUUUUUCUACAUUUCUCUUGUUUCUUCAACAACCUUAAUGCAAAACACAGCAUAACCAACAAUCACAAGCAUCUCCACAGGCACAACAAUAACCACAAUCCACCAUCAAACAUAAGGCUUCAUCGCACGUUUCUUGCGCUGCAAGCAUGGAAGCAAGUGAUCUAUUCUGACCCAAAUAACAUCACUUCCAAUUGGGUAGGUCCUUCAGUUUGCAACUACACAGGCAUCUACUGUGCUCCAUCACUAGAUGAUCCUAAAACCAAAGUUGUCGCUGGAAUCGACCUUAACCACGCAGACAUAGCCGGAUUCCUACCCGACGAAUUAGCCUUCCUAUGUGACCUUUCAAUUCUCCACCUCAACAGCAACCGUUUCUGCGGCAUCAUUCCGAAAACCUUCGCCAACCUAACACAUCUCUCCGAGCUUGACCUUAGCAACAACAGAUUCGUCGGACCGUUUCCUUCUGUCGUUCUUUCCCUUCCUUCUCUUGCCUAUCUAGACCUUCGUUACAACGAGUUCGAAGGGCCGUUACCUUCUCAACUUUUCGACAAACCUUUCGAUGCUUUUUUUCUCAACAACAAUCGCUUCACGAGUUCUAUUCCAAGAAACUUAGGAAAAAGCAAAGCUUCUGUCAUGGUUUUCGCGAAUAACAAAUUCGGAGGAUGUUUACCAGAAAGCAUAGUAAACUUCGCCGAUACGUUAGAAGAACUUCUCUUAAUCAACACAAGUAUAUCAGGUUGUCUUCCAAUACAAGUUGGAUUUCUAUACAAGUUAAGAGUUUUGGAUGUUAGUUUCAACAACAUUGUUGGUCCUAUACCUUAUAGUCUUUCAGGGCUAUCCCAUUUGGAGCAGUUAAACAUAGGACAUAACAUGAUGAGUGGAAUAGUUCCUAUGGGAGUUUGUGCUUUACCAAACUUGGUGAAUUUCACUUUUUCUUACAACUUUUUCUGUGAGGAAGAGGGAAUUUGUAAGAAUCUGACAUCAAAGAAGAUAGUUUAUGACGAUCGGCGCAAUUGCUUGCCGAACAAGGCACUGCAGAGGAGUGAAAAGGAAUGUAAAACUAAACUUGAACAGCCACCAGUUGAUUGUUUUGAGGUUUGUUGUGAUGAAAGUGGUUCUGGGCAGAAUGUUAGUGUUGGUUAUGUGGCUGUUCCACCUUCUGCAAUUCCAGUAGCAGCAAUGCCGGUUUCUCCUCCUGUUCUUGCACCAAGAUACCCUUGAGUUUGAGUGAAGUGUUUGUGUUAUGUAAUAAAAGUUCAAAUUUGGAUUAGGGAAAUUACUUUGUACAUACUUUGUUUUUAUGUUGUGUGUUAGUUCAUGUGUCUCUAUGUUGUAUCAGAAGCUAUGUUACUUGGAAAGUGUAAUAUCCCACAGAAUUAGACCUAAUGUUAUAUUUGAAUGCAUGUUUGUCAAACUUCAGUAAAAUGAAUUUGAUUUUGUAAACUUGAUGUAAAACACAUACAAAAAGACA